GCUGGAUGCCCUCGACUCGAAACCGUUGUGCCAAUCUUGUUGCUGUUCCCAUCGCUGUCUGCGGGAUCUUCACUGUCCUUCUCACUGUCCUGAACCGUCCUCACCGACUUUUGACUGGGAUCUAGGGCAUACUGAUAUACGGGGGGGAUCCAAGUCCACUGUCACACGUGCCUCGCAUUGAGCCUAUUUCCUUUAUUCGCCCAUCAUCUGCCCAGCAAGACAACACACACUUUCGUCCGCUUCAACGCCAUGGCCCCCAUCGAGGAUAGCGAUGAGCUUCUGCUGGCCCAGAUCGGUUACAAACAGGAAUUGAAACGCGAGUUCUCGCGAUGGUCCACCAUCUCCUACGCCAUCUCCAUCCUGGGGAUUUUGGGCUCCGUCCCGGCCACCUUCGGCUCUCCCCUGGCGGCAGGAGGCCCGGCCACGGCCGUGUGGUGCUGGCUUUUCGGUUCCUGCAUGGCCCUGUGCAUCGGCAGCUCGGUCGCGGAGCUGGUCUCGGCUUACCCCACGGCGGGGGGCAUGUACUUCGUGACCAAGCAUGUGGUUCCCGAAGCGCAGGUGCCCAUUUUCUCCUGGGUUCAGGGCUGGUGUAACCUGCUCGGCCAGACGGCGGGGGUGUCCAGCGUCGCCUACACGGUCAGCCAGAUGGUUCUCGCUGCUGCCAGCAUGAACUCCACGCUGGUGGACGGCAAAUACUCAUACUCCCCGUCUGCUGCCGAGACGGUGCUCUUGUCCGCGCUAAUCUUGGUCGUGGAGGGCGUCAUCUGCUCCAUGACGACCAAGUCUCUGCACCGGAUCAUUCUCUGGUUUGCCCCGAUCAACAUUGCGGCGACGAUCGGCAUCUCCCUUGUGCUGUUGAAGUGCACCCCGGACAAGCAACCCGCGAGCUGGGUCUUCACCCAUUUCACCGAUGGAUCCGGAUGGGGGUCCAAGGCCUUCUCGUUUUUCCUGGGGUUUAUCGCCGUGGCGUGGACGAUGACGGACUACGACGGAACCACCCACAUGUCCGAAGAAACCCACAACGCUGCCUCCUUCGGCCCCCAGGCCAUCCAAACCGCCGUCAUAGUGUCCGGCGCUCUGGGAUGGUUCCUGACCAUCUCCAUGUGCUUCUGUCUCACCGACUUUGAGAGCAUCAUGAACACCCCCACCGGACUCCCCGCCGCCCAGAUCUUCCUCAACGCGGGGGGGCGAAAGGGUGGCACAGCGAUGUGGGCACUAGCCAUCCUGGUGCAAUUCUUCACGGGCUGCUCGGCCAUGUUGGCCGAUACGCGGAUGGCGUAUGCCUUUUCUCGCGACGAAGCCCUUCCCUUUUCGGGCUUCCUCUCCCAAAUCAACAAAUACACCAAAACGCCCGUCAACGCCGUCUGGUUUGUAGUAUUCUUCAGUGUCGGCCUCAACUGCAUCGCCAUCGGGUCGACCGAAACCGCCACCGCCAUCUUCAACAUCACCGCGCCGGCCUUGGACCUCUCGUACGCGGCCGUGAUCCUCGCCCACCAGAUCUACCGAAGCAAGGUGCGCUUUGUCGAGGGCCCGUUUACUCUGGGCCGCUGGGGUCCCUACAUCAACUGGGUGUCGGUCAUCUGGGUCGUGUUUAUUAGUACCAUCUUGUUUUUUCCGACCACGCUGCCGAUUACGGCUUCUAAUAUGAACUACGGUAUCUGCGUCGGCACAUUCAUAGCCAUGUUUGCUUUGGUGUGGUGGUGGGUUGCUGCUAGAGGAAUCUACACCGGACCCCGAACAACCGGCGGUACCAUCCAAGAGAGCGUCAUUGAAACCGGUCCCAGCCCCAGCUACGGAUCCUUGGAGUGAGACGGGAACGUACUAGUUCGAACUUCGAACCGCUACGAGAUAGGUUUGAUUGCAUUGCACGUCGUCGACUUACUGGAUCUUAUAUACGGGAUGGAUAGCGUGGGUACUACUAUAUAUACUUUACUGUAUUAUGCUGCUGCCUAUCAUCUGUCCAUCCAUUU